ACCCACGAACUAAUCAUUUAUCGCCCCACUGCGAGCGAGUUAGCCGUCCUUUAUUUGAGAUCAAUCGUGCUCGUCGCUGAAAGUGGCAUUUAUGGCAGUGUUUGCUGUACUUUUGAGCGUCGGCGCAACAGUUUUUACAUGGCUGUUCGUUUUUCUUUUGUUUGCAUUUCUCGCCUACUGUUUUUAUAUCAAAUACAUUCAUAUGAAGUAUGACCACAUACCAGGGCCGCCGAGGAACAGUUUCUUCUUGGGACAUUCGCCGACGUUUGUGACGAUUAUGAAAAAUGACGGAAUUGUACACAACAAAUUUUUGGAGUGGGCCGAGACUUAUGGACCUGUUUACAGAAUGAAUAUCCUGCAUUAUAUUAUCCUUGUUGUGACCUGUCCAGAGGCAAUUAAGGAAAUCUUGAUGUCCCCUAAGUAUCCCAAGGAUCGAUUCCUCUACAAGCGAAUGUUUAAUCUCUUUGGCCAAAGGUUUAUAGGCACCGGUCUGGUCACUGCAAUCGAUCAUGAGACGUGGUACAAACAGCGGCGCAUCAUGGACCCUGCUUUUAGCACCUUGUACUUGAGAGGCCUAAUGGGGACCUUCAAUGAAAGAGCAGAGAAACUCAUGCAUAAGCUCUCAGAUUUAGCUGACAGUAACGCACAGGCCAACAUGCUGCAACUUGUCAACUGUGUCACGCUCGAUGUCAUCGCCAAGGUUGCGUUUGGAGUUGAUUUAGAUCUCCUGUCCAACAACUCGCCUUUCCCCAAAGCCAUUGAGUCUUGUCUGAAAGGGAUAGUGUAUCAAGUCAGAGUCUCUUUAUUCCAGUUCAAUCCAAAGAACUGGCCGUUCAUCAACGAGGUGAGGAGAGCCUGUCGCCUGCUGCGCACAACCGGAGCUCAGUGGAUCCGCGACAGAAGGACGGCCAUGCAAAACGGAGACGAUGUCCCGAAGGACAUCCUCACUCAGAUCAUUAAAACUGCUGCCACAGAGGAACAUAUGUCUGAAGAGGAUGAAGAGUUUAUGUUGGACAAUUUUGUAACAUUUUUUAUUGCAGGUCAAGAAACGACAGCCAACCAGCUAGCAUUUUGCAUCAUGGAGCUAGCAAGACAUCCUGAAAUACUGGAUAAAGUGACCAAAGAAGUGGAUGAUGUCAUCGGGAUGAAACAGGAAAUAAGCUACGAUGACCUGGGGAAGCUAGUUUACCUCUCACAGGUGCUGAAAGAGACACUAAGAAUCUACCCAACGGCUCCAGGCACGUCUCGGGAAAUUCAUGGAGACAUGAUCAUCGACGGUGUCCACCUGCCUGGAGGUUUCACCUGUAUACUGAGCUCCUAUGCAAUGGGGAGGAUGGAAAAGUUCUUUAAAGAGCCUCUUAAAUUUGAUCCAGACAGAUUUCAUCCAGAUGCUCCUAAACCCUAUUACUGCUACUUUCCCUUUGCCCUCGGCCCUCGGUCAUGCCUGGGAAAGAACUUUGCUCAGAUGGAGGCUAAAGUGGUGAUGGCAAAGCUGCUCCAGAGGUUCGAUUUCAGCCUCCUCCCAGGACAGACCUUCGACCUCCAGGACACUGGCACCCUGAGGCCAAAGAGUGGAGUCAUCUGCACAGUCAAACACAGGAAAUAUAAAAACUAAGCGAUGCUAAAGGUUUCUGCCACUAAAAUUCAAUAAAAAAUAGUCCUAACUGUUAGGUUUCUUCUCCUGCCUCAGACAGAACUGAUUACUGAUUUUUUUUUUUUUAUCUUGCACUUUUAUUGUUGUGAUUAAGAGUCUCUCUAUGUAAAGUUGAAAAUAAUUUGCCUUUAUUUAAUUAAUAUUUUCAACAAUGCUACACCUUUUGUGCCUCUAACAGUAACAGAAAUAUCAAAUGCUAUCAGCGCACGUCAAUAAAACUAACUGUUGUGGUAACUGAUGAAAU